CGCCGGCCCAUGCAGGGCGGCUCCGGGCGGUCGGCGGCAGAGCCGCGGCAGCUCCCCGCAGGGCGGGCCGGGUCGGGAUGGGGCUGGAGCUGUACCUGGACCUGCUCUCGCAGCCCUGCCGCUCCAUCUACAUCUUCGCCCGGAGCAACAACAUCCCCUUCGAGUUCAAGCACGUGGAGCUGUUCAAAGACUCGGUGCUGGGGAAGAAGCCGGCGGCGGGGAGCGGCGCGGAGCAGCCCCGCGCAGGCUUAAGAUUUCCUCAUGUGUGCAGCCUGCCCUGCUUUUUGACUGUGGAUACUCUGCUUGUUGAAGUUACACCUCAAAGCCCAACAAUACACACCGUGUGUGUACCUGUAUCUAUCUAUAUAUCUGUACCUCCAACCAUCCUUGGGAGUGAUCAAGAACCAACUACCCCAGAUACAACUGAUGUCAAACAGAACUGGCCGUCGAACAGUGAAGGUGCAGGCAAAGUCAGCCUCUUGAAGAAAGUACCAGCACUGAAGGACGGAGACUUCACCCUUGCAGAAUGCACUGCCAUCCUGCUGUACCUGAGCCGAAAGUACAACACUCCUGACCACUGGUACCCCUCAGACAUCCAGAAAAGGGCCCGGGUGGAUGAGUACCUCUCCUGGCACCACGCUAACAUCCGGGCUAAUGCUCCUAAGACCAUGUGGAUCAAGGUGUUGAUUCCCCUCUUCACAGGGCAGCCACUGCCCUCAGAGAAGCUCCAGGAGGUUAUGGAGGGGCUGUCCACUUCCCUGAAGCAAUUUGAGGAGAGGUUUCUGCAGGACAAGGCUUUUAUCAUCGGGAGUGAGAUCUCCCUGGCAGAUCUUGUGGCCAUUGUGGAACUGAUGCAACCUGUUGGAGUUGGUUGUGACAUCUUUGAAGACAGACCCAGGCUGAGGGAGUGGCGCAGGCGGGUGGAGGAUGCUGUGGGGAAAGAGCUUUUUUUCCAAGCCCAUGAGAUGAUCCUCAAUAUCAAAGAACUGAGCAAUAUUCAAAUUGAUCCACAGCUGAAAGAGCAACUGGCGCCUGUGUUGAUGAAGAUGUUGAAAUGAAUUAACCUAUCUUAGCAUUUUUCCUGCCCUUUUUUUUUUCCUUUUUAACUUCUUCUCUGACAUCCAGUUCUCCAUGUAACUGGAAAGAGCACUGUAAUUCUAAUACAGAAAUUGCAGAGUGUUUCCCUGUGGGCCAGGUCUUUCUUGUAUCUUUGGGGGUGGAAGCUGGGGAAUGUUUAAGACCUAAAACAAUAAAUUUAUACAGAAGGCUGAGGCCCUACAGGUCACUUAA